CCGACGGAGAGUACUUCUGGGUGAAGCCGCCGCUUAGGCCGGAAGGAGCUCGGCGCCGGUCCGGUUGGCCUCCACUAACAUCUUUUAAUCUUGAAGACUUCAAAAUACCUGGAUCUGCCACUUUUUUGGAAAACUCAAAUACCAAGCAAUAAAUUAGCCACUGUGCUGUUGUUAUACUUUAGAAGCUCUUCAGUUCUCCAAAUCUAAACAAGAUUUUUCUUGCAUUUUCCCAUGAAGCCACAGUGUUGUUUAUUCACUUUAGUGGUGAGCGUUACUGUGCCGGUGGCUUUUGUUUGGGAAGAUGUAGGCUUCAACCGAAUGGCCCCACUGGGAACAAAUCAUAGUUCUUUCAAUGCAUCAUUUCCUCCAGGCUUUGAACUCUCAGCAGGUUCUCACUCAGGUGAUGAUGUCAUCAUAGCCAAAGAAGGAACAAGUGUUUCGAUUGAGUGUCUUCUCACAGUCAACCACUAUGAAGAUGUCAAUUGGUACAACUCGAAAGGACAGCAACUGGAUGACAGAGGCAGAGGUGGAAAAUGGUUGGUUUCUGGUAACGUCCUGAAUAUCACCAGUGUAGCCUUUGAUGACCGUGGGCUCUAUACGUGUUUCGUCACCUCUCCAGUUCGUGCCUCCUAUUCUGUCACUCUGUGUGUUAUCUUCACCUCUGGAGACAUGAGUGUCUAUUACAUGAUUGUUUGCCUGAUUGCCUUUACAAUCACUCUCAUCUUGAAUGUCACACGGCUGUGCAUGAUGAGCAGCCAUCUUCGUAAGACUGAGAAGGCUAUCAACGAAUUCUUUAGAACUGAGGGGGCCGAGAAACUUCAGAAGGCCUUUGAGAUUGCAAAACGUAUCCCCAUCAUCACCUCAGCCAAGACUCUGGAGCUUGCCAAAGUCACACAAUUUAAGACGAUGGAGUUUGCUCGUUAUAUUGAAGAACUGGCAAGAAGUGUCCCUCUUCCACCCCUUAUUCUAAACUGUCGGGCCUUUGUGGAGGAGAUGUUUGAGGCUGUGCGCGUGGAUGACCCUGAUGAUAUGGGAGAAAGAAUUAAAGAGAGACCUGCCUUGAAUGCACAAGGUAGCAUCUAUGUCAUUAACCCAGAGAUGGGCCGGAGUAAUUCACCAGGAGAUUCAGAUGAUGGGUCUCUGAAUGAACAAGGCCAGGAGAUAGCAGUUCAGGUUUCUGUUCACCUUCAGUCAGAGACCAAAAGUAUUGAUACAGAUUCUCAAGACAGCAGCCAUUUCAGCCCACCUGAUGAUACAGGACCUGCAGAACUGAACUCUCACUACAAAGAUGGAGCAUAUGAAAGCUGCCAGCUGUGAGCUAUCCCAGUACCUACAAACACAGCUCAAAAAAGAGAGGUGUUAUUUCCUGAAAUAACAUCUAUACCAAGAGAUGCCUGGGUUUUUUCCCCUUGUGAAUAUUAAGUACAUCAGAACAUGAAUUAUUGCCAAAAUCUAUGUAAAAAUUCAGCAUUUAUCCUAUCUGAUAUUUCUCUUGAGCCUAAUUAAAUGACACAUACUAAGAUUUAAAGGAACCUGAGAGAUAAACAACAGGGGAAGUACCACACUAAGAGUUCCCUGGCCUCUCUUCUGGCCAUGGUUCUUCCAUUGGUUAGGGCUGACACUUGGCUUGAGGCCUCAGUUUUACACCAAUAAGAUGAGGAAUUUGCAUCUGAUGAUAUCCAAAGUCAUUUCUAGCUCUAUAGCUUCUUGCCUGUCACCUUUAAACCACCAAAAUCUAAAGCACAUCUUCUAAAUAAACCCUUCCCUAGACUUGUAGUCCCUUUUUAUGGAAGGGACCAAGCUGAGACUGAAUUCAUGAUUUAGAUUCCCACUCCAGUGCCAUAGUUGCACAGAGAUGCAGGAGGUGUUCAUAUGUUUUGCCUUGUAUGACAUACAAUUUUAUGUGGUAAGUUGAAUCUUUUCAGUGUAGCCUAUGUCUGUAUUGUUAUACAGAUACCAGAGCUAACUGCUCAUUAGUAAACCACUUUCCAUAAGUAGAUUGGUCCUUUUGGGGGAUAUAUCAUGUCUUUUUAACUUACUGAGGCAUUAUUUAGUUCAUUGAGCUGGCAGUGAUUUCCCAGCUGAUCUACAAAAGAGCAAUUUGUUGCUAAGGAAUAAUGCCUUCAAUGCUUUUAGAAUAAACAGUGUCAAAUCAUCUGUCUCUGGUAAAUCAUGAAUUUUGACAUUUCUGGUAAUAGAAUUUCUCAGGCUUUCGCUUUUUAAAAGUACUAGACUCUCAGAGGGUUGUGUUUGGGAUCCCAUUCCAGGCAGAAAAUAACAGGACUGCAUUCCUCUUCAGACCUCUGUCAACAGUCUUGUUCUCCAUGGUCUUAAAUAUGGUGCUAAAGGCUGCAUGCCUCCUUAUCUUGUUUGCUUUGUUUAUAUUUUAUUGUUACUGAAGUUUUUAUUUUUCUAUAUUUCAGAUACAAAAUUCUGAGUUAGGCCUGCUUUUGCAGCCUUUCUGAGAAGGAUUAACCUGGAAUAAGAUUAGAUAAUGGUGUGUGCUGUAUGUUACUAUGUUAAAUAUGUAGAUACAGAUAUAGAUAGAGAUGUAUAUACACAGAAAUGAUCUAGACAUGAAGAGGAAGAAAACUUAUGGGUGGUGCCAUCUGAUUCAACUAAACACAUAAGACAGUAUUUCUUGCCUGGCUAAGAUUUGGUACAAUAGAAUUGUAAAUACUCUUCAGAAUUAUUUCUUUAGCAACAGGAACCUGGGUGUCUAUAAUUUUAAGAACUUGGCAAUGGAGCUCCAUUUGGUGUUUCAUGUUUCUUCAUUUGGUUUCUGAUUAUUGAAGCUUUCCUUGAACUAGAGGUUCCUGCAGGAAAUGUUCAGAGGAGGUUUUAUCAGGAUUUUAAUUUAAGAUCUCAAAUGGAGGAAGGCAGGAAAUUCAGAGAGGAACCAGACGGAACUCCUGCCUCCUUUUGUCCAGGCUUAUCAGGCAUAAUACAUCUGCUCUGGAUAGCAUGAAUGAAUCAAAGUGCAGCUUUGUCAGAUGGUGUUAAGGAUUAAGAAGAUACGCUGCCUUUUCUGUCUCAGGCUGUUUCCAUGGAAACCUCCAAAGUGAAACAAAACCUACCAAUCAUUUAGCCAAAGCUUGCUAUAUACACAGACCUGUAUUUCUUUAAGGAAAACUGUUUGCAUACGUUUGGCUUUGAGAGCAAGGGCUCUUGAACAUACAUACUUGGGUUAUAGAACACUUUCCCUUCCCAGAAUGUUUCUCUUGAAAAAUGUUUUUUUUAUUUUAAAAAUUCAGUGUUUGAGAUCUGUCCCUGAAGAGCCCUCAGAUCUUCAGAUAGUACAGCCUCAUCCCAGUAUAGCAACCUUGGGGUCAUUUCUUUGAAUGUAGCUUGUCACAUUAAUGGGAAAAGAUUUACUCCACAUCUUUUCACAGUGAACAUGAGUGUUUGAAAUCUUAAGGUAAACAUUUAAUGAUCAGCAUCUUGGGAAAUAGAACUUUGGAAAAACAGGAAAUACUGAAAAAAAAACAUGUUUACACAAUACUGUAUAACAAGUAUUGGUUACUGAGUGUAUCCUGGAUAAGUUAUUUUGGAAACAUAAAUGUAACUUGGUCACCAAAGUAACUGGAUUACUUUGAAUAUUCCAGGUUAUAGUGCUGUUGAUAAGGAAUUAAAGUAUGUCAAAAUUUAAUUGGAGUUGGUAUUAGUUUCUGAAGCUAGUUUUCAAGAGGUAGGAAAUCACACUUAGUAUUUUCUGUGUCUAAUCAAGUAUUCUUAUGUAUAAUUAAUAGUUUGUUAUCUUUUUGUAAAAUCUUAACCUUUUGAACUUAAACUAGUCUACAAGUCUUCACUGUGGUGUAAUUAUCCUUUUGUCUCACUGGAUUUUAUAGUUAGUGAAAAUGUCUUUACUGAACAAAAUGUGUUCGAUAUAGUUCUGUCAUCACAUUUAUAAAUUUUGUCUUUAUCCUUAUAAAAUGAAAUGGUGGCUCUGUGAAAUAAAUCUUCCAAAAGUAGACAUGUGAA